AUGGACGAUACCAAGAAUCUCGGGCACGAGCAUGUUGAGCAAUAUGCGGUCGAAAAUAUCAAAGAUCAGGAUCGCUCAACAGUCCCAGUCGCAUUAUUGAAUUUAACUCCAGAAGAAAGAGAAGAAAGAUCGAAAGCACUAGUCAAAAAAAUUGACAUUCGCCUGCUGAUAAUGAUGUUGAUCAUGUACAUCCUGAAUUAUUUGGACCGCAACAACAUCGCAGCAGCAAAGUUGGCCGGCCUACAGGAAGAUUUGAAUCUCACCGGUGAUCAAUAUCAAAUUUGCGUUAGUAUCUUGUUUGUCGGAUAUCUCCUGAUGCAAGUGCCGUCAAAUAUGAUUCUUAACAAGUUCGGCAAACCUUCGAUCUACUUGCCGGGGUGCAUGGUGAUAUGGGGUGUCAUAUCUUGUUGUACUGCUUUGGCAAAGGACUUUGCCGGUUUAUUAGCUGUUCGAUUCUUCCUUGGAUUUAUUGAAGCCGCAUAUUUUCCUGGUUGUCUCUACCUUCUGUCAUCCUGGUACACAAGAAAGGAGUUGGUCAAGCGUACAGCACUACUUUACGCGGGCUCUUUGAUCUCGGGCGCAUUUUCUGGCUUGAUUUCCGCUGGUAUUACAAGUGGUUUGAAUGGCGCCAGGGGCAUCGCAGCAUGGAGGUGGCUGUUUAUCAUAGAGGGUUCCCUUACGAUCUUUGUCGCUCUGAUUGCUUUCUUUAUUGUUCCCGACCUUCCCCGAACAACUCCUUGGUUAAGCGACGAUGAGAAGGUUCUCGCUGCCUGGAGACUAGAAGAUGAUAUUGGUGAAGAUGACUGGGUAGACAGUGAACACCAAAGCAUGUUCCAUGGUGCGAAGCUUGCGAUCAUGGAUCCAAAGGUUUGGCUACUGCUUGGUCUCAUUUACGGCUGCACAUCAGCUGGAGCUGUGACUACUUUCUUCCCCAGGGAUAAAAUUGACACGCUGCUGUUGACGACCCCGCCAUAUAUCAUUGGAACAAUUAUCGUUUUGAUCAAUGCCUGGCACGCCGACAAGACUGGUGAACGAUACUUUCACAUGUGCAUUCCACCGAUUAUUGCAAUUGUCUCUUUUAUCCUUGCUAUGGCAGGAAAUAACUUUGCCGCUCGAUAUGUGGCAAUGUGCAUCAUGCUUGGUGGAAUUUACUCCAGUUAUGUUGUUGCACUUGGAUACAUUUCAAAUAUUCUUCCACGCCCGGCAGCAAAACGAGCAGCUGCUUUGGCCUUUAUCAAUUGUAUGAGUAACGUGUGCCAGAUUUAUACCCCUUAUCUGUACCCUGACUCGGCCUCGCCUCGUUAUGUUACCGCAUUUAGUGUCAAUAUCGGCAUGUGUGCUAUGACUUUCAUAUUUGCCACUAUUCUUCGCAUUUACCUUGGAAGACUAAACAAGCAACUUGAUCAAGAGGAGGGCACAGAUUUGACCGCGAGCACGAACUCCAACGAGGAGCAUGGCUUGCCCGGGGUGGCUAUCUUCUUCUACAUUGGCAGUGCCCAAGAAGAACAAGAAUGA